CUUUACGAGCUGCGCUACUAGAGCUUAUUCUCUUUAAGUGUUUAUUUAAGUGUUUGUAGAAAUGCAGAGAGUGACGAGGAGUGCUGUAAGACACGCGAGGAACUGUGUUUACGUCAACGGAGUGGAUGCUAAAACAGGUGUAUCCAAACAUGCCAGGUGUCACAUUGAGCUUCUAUAGAACACUAAGAUACAGUGUCCUUCCUCCAGCACGUGAUGAAGAGGAGAAGACCAUGUUGGAUAGGAUGCUGAGGGUUGACCACGCAGGAGAGUAUGGAGCCAAUCGUAUCUACGCUGGCCAGAUGGCCAUUCUCGGAAGAACUCAGACAGGGCCUCUAAUCCAGCAUAUGUGGGACCAGGAGAAAAAGCAUUUGGAAAAGUUCAACACGAUUCUGGGUGAGCAACGGGUUAGACCGACGUUGUUGUUGCCGCUGUGGAAUAUCUCAGGGUUUCUACUAGGGGCCUGUUCAGCUCUUCUGGGUAAAGAAGGGGCUAUGGCCUGUACGGUCGCAGUGGAGGAGAGCAUCUCUGAGCACUACAACAGCCAAAUCAGAGCACUGAUGGAGGUCGACCCAGAGAGAUAUACAGAGUUACUGCAGAUCAUUAAAGAGUUUCGUGAUGAUGAAAUGGAGCAUCAUGACACAGGAUUGGAGCAUGACGCUGAAUCUGUGCCAGGAUAUUUCUUUCUGAAAACAUUUAUACAUACUGGCUGUAAAGCUGCCAUCUAUAUUUCUCAGCGUGUAUAGUGAGGUCACCUUUUUAAUAAUGCCUGGAUGUAUAUAUGGUUUUGUUUCCGUUAUUCGUGUACAGUAAACGGUCUAUUCGCUCAUCAAAAGAGGCGCUGAUAAGUUAUGAUGCUAAAGGAAACUGAGACGAUGUACAAUCUUUGAAGCAAUUUUACAAUUACAAGAAUACAAACUGUUUAUAAAAGCAACAAUUAAACAUGUUAGCACAUA